GGAGGGAUACUUCGGGCUCCUGCAGUAGCGGAAGACUUGAGUCUCGUCCUGAAAGAGUUGAGCAUUUGCAGAGGCUGUCGGACGGAAAAAGACUUUCCUCUCUCCCUGACAGUCUCCACCAUGAUUCACAGCCUUUUCUUGAUCAACUCCUCUGGAGAUAUUUUCCUGGAGAAACACUGGAAGAGUGUGGUCAGCCGUUCUGUUUGCGAUUACUUUUUUGAGGCACAAGAGCGAGCAACUGAGGCUGAAAAUGUUCCUCCAGUUAUCUCCACCCCUCACCACUAUCUCCUAAGUGUUUACCGUCACAAGAUCUUUUUUGUGGCUGUGAUCCAGACGGAGGUGCCACCUCUGUUUGUCAUUGAGUUCCUUCACCGAGUAGUGGACACGUUUCAGGAUUAUUUUGGAGUCUGUUCGGAGCCAGUGAUAAAAGACAAUGUGGUUGUGGUUUAUGAGGUAUUGGAAGAGAUGCUUGACAACGGGUUUCCAUUGGCUACCGAGUCGAACAUCCUCAAAGAACUGAUAAAGCCGCCCACUAUCCUUCGAACCGUUGUCAACACCAUCACAGGAAGCACCAAUGUGGGUGACCAGCUUCCCACCGGGCAGCUGUCCGUGGUGCCUUGGCGACGGACUGGGGUGAAAUACACCAACAAUGAGGCCUAUUUUGAUGUGAUUGAAGAGAUUGAUGCCAUCAUUGAUAAAUCAGGGUCCACAGUCACUGCCGAGAUCCAGGGGGUCAUCGAUGCCUGUGUCAAGCUGGCCGGAAUGCCCGACCUUACGCUUUCCUUCAUGAACCCCAGGCUGCUGGAUGAUGUCAGCUUCCACCCCUGCGUCCGCUUCAAGCGCUGGGAGUCCGAGCGCAUCCUCUCCUUCAUCCCUCCCGACGGCAACUUCCGCCUGCUCUCGUACCACGUCAGUGCGCAGAACCUGGUGGCGAUUCCAGUUUAUGUCAAACAUAACAUCAGCUUCCGGGACAGUAGUUCUCUUGGCCGCUUUGAAAUAACGGUGGGCCCCAAGCAGACUAUGGGGAAGACCAUCGAGGGGGUGACCCUCAGCAGCCAAAUGCCCAGAGGCGUCCUCAACAUGAGCCUCACGCCGUCUCAGGGGACGCACACGUUUGACCCAGUUACCAAGAUGCUGUCUUGGGAUGUAGGAAAAAUAAAUCCCCAAAAGCUCCCCAGUUUGAAGGGGACCAUGAGUCUUCAGGCUGGAGCUUCCAAACCCGAUGAGAACCCCACGAUUAACCUGCAGUUUAAGAUCCAGCAGCUGGCCAUUUCUGGACUCAAAGUGAAUCGUCUGGAUAUGUAUGGAGAGAAGUACAAACCCUUUAAGGGCAUAAAAUACAUGACCAAAGCUGGCAAGUUCCAAGUUCGAACCUGAAGGGAGAGUUCUGCAAAGGGAACAGUCACGAACACUUUUUCAUUGCUUACUUGUCUAAAAGUAAAAACUAUCAGCCCUCUCCUAGGUCACUGCCCACUCUGGACCACCUGCUCCUGUUUUCCCGUAGCCUUCAGUGCCCCGGAGCUAACGAAGGGAGGCCGGGCCGCCAGGGAGGCCUGUGCAGAGCCCACACGCCAGCAGCACCAACUCAGUUCUCAAAGCAGAGGCGUGUGAUGCAGGGGGAGGUACUUGAUGCCGUAUGUAACUACUUGUGACAUGGUUACCACAGGAAAAGACCAGCAUUUGUUACUCGCUUGGCUUUAAUUAUCUUAAGCCAAGGAAAGACGUCUUUGGUUUUUGUUUUUUUUUUAAUUAAUUUAUUUUAUUUUUAGUUAUUUUUGGCUGCGUUGGGUCUUUGUUGCUGCG